AUGAACUCCAGGAGCGUGUGCCGGGUCUUUCAGCGCCAGUUUGCAGCCUCUGCAGCGGCCGGGCGCCCUUCGCCCGCAGAGAUCCGCAGCCAGCGCAGCGCGGCCUUCUCCAGAGAGCAGUCCCGGCAGAGGGCCCUGUUCCCCCGCGUGGAGAAGAUGGAGGUGGCCCUGCAGGGCCCGGGGCUGCAGGGCACCACGCUCAUCAUGAACAGAGGGAUGUCCACGCCGCUGAGCUGCGCCAGGCAUCUGACCGAGCAUCACGUGAACAACUCUGUCCUGGCCCUGGUGGACGGGCAGCCGUGGCCCCUCCACCGGCCCCUCACUGCUUCCUGCUCGCUCGCUCUGCUCACCUUCAAAGACAGCGACCCAACGCUGGCCAACCAGGCCUACUGGCGGUCCUGCGCCGCCCUGCUGGGACAGGUGCUGGAGACGGCCUUCAAAGACGACUACAGCGUGGAGCUGCUCGCCACGCCGGAGGUGCCAGUGGUUUCCGGGGCCUUCUGCUGCGACGUGGCUCUGGACCCUCGGCUGGACUCGUGGGCUCCCUCUGAGGAGGCGCUGCGCUCUCUGACCAGAGGAGCCCUGCAGCUCAUCCACCAGGACCUGGCCUGGGAGCCUCUGGAGGUGACCCCCCCCGUGGCGCUGGAGCUCUUCUCGCACAGCCGGUGA